GGCCGACAUCAAAGCGCAACAACUCGAUCGCCUUCUCCGCGAUACUUGCCAGUCCUCGCCGCAUCGCUUCUCAACAUGGCCUCCACUGUCGCCGCCUCCGGCGCAACCGAUGUUGCAACGCGAAGUGCACCGAGCCAAUCUCUCUACAUUCAGAAUCUGCCCGAAAAGCUGCAAAAGCACGAUUUGAAGCGGAAUUUGUAUAUGCUCUUCACCACAUACGGCCCCGUCCUCGAUGUUACAGCAAUGAAGGGCUCGAAGAUGCGUGGACAGGCGCAUGUGCUGUUCCGAGACGCCAAUACCGCAACACAGGCAAUGCGACAUUGCCAGGGCUACGACUUUUUUGGGAAAGAGAUGAAAAUCACAUACUCGAAGAACCGAUCUCAUACUCUAGCCAAACUCACAGGCACUUUCCACGAAGAGCAGCAGGCUGCGAACGCGGCGAAAGCCGGGCCCACGACAGGCGCAUCUUCACUGCCAGCUCCACCCGGCGCACCUCCUGCUGGUCUUCCUCCGCCACCUGGACUCCCCCAAAAGCCGAACGGCGGGUUACCAAAGCCACCAGGACUGGAGCCGACAAAGGGCAGAGCAGAGAAUGCGCCAAGUCCAGCUGUAUCUGCUGGGCAAAAGAGGCAGCGAGACGAGAGCGACGACGAGGGCGGAGACGCGCCAAUGGAGGAGGACAGCGACGGAGGCGAGAUGGAGAUGAGUGAUAGCGAUUGAGGGGAGGAGAAGGCUUCGGAACACCACCACUGAAGACAAUCGUAUCGCCUUUGAAGGACGCGAACGGGACUACCAGCAUGAGAACCAACACCAUACGGUUGAUGGAAGCCGCACCAAUUGCGUCGCUUAGGCGGGCGCAAGGUCUGCGUCGUGUAGGACUGGCCGUCUUUCAGCAGAGUCGAUGGAUCGUAGGUAUACCCAAACC